GCCAGACACAAAGGUGGUCCAGAUCCCUUAAGGCUUUGAUGAUCACGAAAUUUUGGCGGGGAACUGGGAACAUUGUUUGAAAUCAAUCAUAAUAGGAAUAACGAAUCUUCGAGUCUUUUUCCACACGAUCGAAUAAAUAAAUCAACACAUAACACCGCACCUGUCUUCCUUCCUCCUCCUCUCCUUUUCAAGAAAAUUAUCAUAUUACAAUCUCUGCGAGCAGAUUCACAGAUUCAUAGAUCGAAGACCUUCAAACCCACAGCCAUAUACAUAUACAUACGCUUCGGGAUAAAAAAUAAAACAAAAAGAGGGGCAGGUCAUUGCAAAUCGACAAGGUGUUUUCUUCAGCUCUUAAACGUACUUUGAGGGCAAGCGGUUCGGGUGUUUCAAUUGCGGCUGCUGCUUGUUUCCAACAGAAGAAUUCGGUCAAGAGUCACACUGCUGCAGGUUUGCUUGGGAGAAAUACAGAGAGAAAGAUGCAUAGCAAGGUUGUUAUUAUUGGCUCUGGCCCGGCGGCUCACACUGCUGCUGUUUAUCUUUCGCGCGCGGAAUUGAAACCUGUUCUUUAUGAAGGUUUCCUUGCCAAUGGAAUUGCUGCCGGUGGUCAAUUGACUACCACUACUGAUGUAGAGAACUUCCCUGGUUUCCCCAAGGGAAUUGGCGGACAAGAACUGAUGGAUAACAUGCGCGCACAAUCCGAACGAUUUGGCACCCAAAUCAUCACCGAAACCGUCGCCAAAGUAGAUCUCUCUAAACGUCCUUUCAAAUACUGGACCGAAUGGGAUGACAAAACAGAACACACAGCCGAUUCUAUCAUCAUCGCUACUGGUGCCUCUGCUCGCAGACUCGGUCUUCCAGGAGAGGAGAAAUAUUGGCAAAAUGGUAUCUCCGCAUGCGCAGUCUGCGAUGGAGCCGUUCCAAUUUUCAGAAACAAGCCUUUGGUAGUUAUUGGUGGUGGAGACAGUGCUGCCGAAGAGGCUAUGUUCCUCACGAAAUACGGAUCCCACGUUACUGUUUUGGUCCGAAAAGAUCAUCUACGUGCAUCGAAAACGAUGGCGAAGAGAUUGCUUGCCAAUAAGAAAGUUACGGUUAGAUUCAACACUGUAGGAGGCGAAAUCACCGGUGAUGAUAAGGGAUUGAUGACCCACAUGGUUUUCAAGAACGCCACUACUGGCGAGGAGGAAAAGGUAGAGGCCAAUGGCUUGUUUUACGCAGUAGGACAUGAUCCAGCUACCGCAUUGUUCAAGGAACAAAUUGAGACAGAUUCUGAGGGAUAUAUUGUCACCAAGCCCGGAACCAGUUACACCAACAUUGAGGGUGUUUUUGCUGCUGGUGAUGUUCAGGAUAAGAGAUACAGACAGGCUAUUACUAGUGCAGGAUCUGGAUGUAUAGCAGCUCUUGAGGCCGAGAAAUUCCUUGCUGAGCAAGAAGAUGCGGAAAAUGAUUUGGAAAAGACAGAUGCCGAGAAGGGCAGCAAUGUUGUUGUUCCUGAGUAUAGAUCAAACCCUUUGCUUUAGAUUUUUUAGUCAUUGGCGAGCUCAAUUUUUUGGCAUGGCAUUAUAGAUAGAAGUCCUUGCAUGGAUAUCCCCUCGGUUCAAUUUUGUUAGAAAGAAUAAACAAAGAAAUAUAUAUUGAAUCUA